AUGGAUGAUAGAGGCGACAGCCAGCUUAGAGACUUGGAAAAGGAUUAUUGUCCCCCUCUCGACCCAGCCUUGUUUACCGCUAUUAUCUCCGACUAUGACCUCUCCGACGCAGCUCAGCUCCAGCAACUUCGCGAAACACUGGACACUCUUAAGCUAUCUGCAUGGGAGCAGGAAGAUCUCCCGUUCGAUCCGUCCGGUACAAGCGGUUUGGGUACAAAUGGUGUCGACUCGGAAGGCAUACCGUCAGAGCACAGCGUGUCGCAAAACGACACUGUGCAGUCGCGCGACACAGACAUCACGAGCUUAGCAUCGGAGUUUUCCUCUGCCAGCGUAGGCGACAAGGGCUCGCAAAAUGGUAAGAAAGUCUCUCCGCGCGUAUCAUACAUCAUUGGCGCAGAUGGGUCGCUGUCACUAUCAGGAGCAAACGAGGAGGAUAAGAUUGGGUACUUGUCGGAAAUGUUUCCGUCCGUCGAAAAAUUUACCAUCCAACAUGCACUGCGGAAGUCCAGUGGGGAUAUCGAUCGCUCAAUGGAUGUUCUGCUCAACCUCUCGUUCUUUUACGAGCAACCGUCGAAUGAGGACGGGGCCAAGGUCGCGAUCCCCAAAGGUAUUGACGGGUUUCACGAUGGCUCGAAUGGGAAAACCGGGCGAAAGAAGAGCCGUAAGCGCAAGACGAAAAACAAGAGCGGCUGGAAACGUGGACACUCGGAUUGUGAGGUGGACUCUAUCUUGCAGGGUGAGCCUUGCGCUGUCAAUAAGUGGGAGGCUGCCCAGAAGGAUAUUGAGUUUAUCCACUCGAGGACGUCUCCUGUCUUGAAGAAGGAAAUGGUUACAUCUACCUAUCAUGCCAAUGGUGCUUCUUUAACAGCAACCAUUCGGUCCCUGGCUGAGUCGCAUUCCCCGAAAGAUGAGCAGGCUAUUAGUCAAGAUACAGUUACAGAAGCGCAAGUUGCCGAGCUGAUCCAGGAGCUUCCUUCUGUUUCACCCACGACUUUUGCUGGUUUGCUCAAGAUUACGAGAAGUUCCGUUUCAGCUGCUAGUGAGCUAGCAGCUGCAAUGGUGACCGCCCCCGUAACCUCAUCAGUGUCCGAGUUGAUUAAAAUUACUACUUCGCCUCCACCUGUCGAUGUUGAGGUGGAAACGCCCAGGCGCCGGAAUGAGGCGCGGGUCAUUCGAGAUUAUGAUCGUGUAACAAGCUCCGCAGGGGCCCAUUUCGCGGCCGGUGCGGAAGCACUCUCCAAAGCCUCGGCAGCAUAUCGACGCGGCAAGUCUGAUCGCCUUAUGGGUGGCGCAGCCGCGUAUUACUCGGCAGUGGGACGAGAUCAUCUAGAGCGGGCAAAGCGGGACGCGGCCGCGGCCGCAGACGCCCUCGUAGAUUCACAGUCAACGUCCACCAUGCUAGAUCUUCACGGUGUCUCGGUGCAAGAUGCCGUUCGCAUUGCCAGCGAGCGGGUCUCGGAUUGGUGGGAGUCUUUGGGAGACGCCAAGUACAUACGCGGUGGUGAAAUAGCCCGGACCGGGUAUCGCAUCGUCACUGGACUUGGGAGACAUAGUCAUGAUGGGACGUCACGCCUGGGUCCUGCCGUGGGUAAGAUGUUGGCACGUGAAGGCUGGAGAGUGGAAGUAGGUGAAGGAGUCUUGACAGUCGUAGGUGUGGUGCGCCGUCGCUGA